AUGGGCGUCUUUACCAAGUUCCGCUUCUUCAAUCGAAGACUCGCGCUUUCGUGCGUGCUCAUCGCCGUGUCGACGUUUAAUUAUGGGUUUGACAACCAAGCUUUCGCGACGACGCAGGCGAUGGAUGCGUUUGAUAAGCAGUUUGGGGUUUGGAAUGAGAAGACGGGGACGUAUGUUCUUGAGCCGUCGUGGCUUUCGCUGUUUAACAGUUUGAACUACAUUGGUUUUGCUGCUGGUGUUCUUAUCGGUACUUGGAUCUCUUCUAGAUGGGGUCGACGAUGGUGUAUGUUUGUCAUGAGCGUGUAUGCUCUUGGUACAGCUACUAUCGCCGUCACGUCUUUCCACCGUGAACAGAUCAUGGCAGCUCGAAUCCUCAAUUACGUCUAUGUCGGCAUGGAACUUGGCGUUGUUCCAACCUUUCAGUCCGAAAUUGUUCCCGCUCAAGCCCGUGGCUUCAUGGUCGGUUCCUACCAACUCAGUCUCGCGAUCGGCGGUCUCGUCAUCAACAGUAUUUGCUUCGGAACAAGCACCCUCCCCGAUAACCGUGCCUGGCGAAUUCCCCUCGGAAUGUUCUACAUUGUCCCAACUAUUGUCGUAGCAGGCAUUUGGUUCGUUCCCGAGUCGCCGAGAUGGCUCCUUAGAAAGAAUAGAGUUGAAGAGGCGCGAAAGAGUCUUCAGCAAAUACGCGAAGGAGCUUUUACAGAUGAAGAGAUCGAAGCUGAGCUCACCGAGCUGAAGGUCUCUUUGGAGCAGGAGACUGAGCAAGGGCGGUUUAUUGAGCUUCUGAGGGGCAUCAACCUCAAACGAACGCUUAUAGUCAUGGCGGUCAACUUUUAUCAGCAGGCGGGUGGUCAAGCCUUUGUGUCGCAGUAUGGAACUAUUUACGUCAAGUCUCUUGGGACCAUCAAUCCGUUUGGCUUCAGUUUGAUCACCUCGGCCAUCAGCAUCAUUUCAAUUACCUGCAUCCUCCUCUGGACGGAUAUCAUUGGUAGACGUGUCCUCAUGAUGGCCUCGUCCAUCACCAUGUUUGCUGCCAUGAUGACAAUGGGUGGCCUUGGUAUCGUAUCUCCUGUCGAUGAUUCAAGAAAGAAGGGCGUGAUCAGCAUGAUGGCCGUGUUUGCCUCUGGCUUCGCUAUGGGUUGGGCACCUCUCGUCUACGUCGUCACCACUGAGAUCUCCGCUCUUCGACUCCGUGAUCUUACAUCGCGAGUUGGUUUCACUACCAAUGUCAUCAUGAACUUCACGGUCAACUUCAGUAUCCCAUACCUUAUCUACGACAAGUACGCCGGCCUGAACAGCAAAGUUGGCUUCAUCUUUGGAGGUAUCAUGGCUACUGCUCUUGUAUUCGUGUACUUCUGCGUUCCUGAGUGCAAGGGAAAGACGCUGGAACAAGUGGAUUUCUUGUUCAACCAGGGUGUUCCGAUCCGACAGUUCGGAAAGGUUGAUGCAGCAGAGAUGAUGCGCGCUACACAGGGGGAAGGUGACUUGGGCAAAGUGCACUCUGACGGGAAGGAUAACGCUGUAACAGCAGAGAAACGCGUCUAA